AGUUCAGACACAGACAGAUUUUAUUCUGAUUUUUAGUGACUUUAGUGAUUUUAUUCUGCCUUGGUGAUCAACUCUCUAACUGUAGAUGGUGCGUUAUCUCAUGGUUCAGACAGAGACACUACGCCUGACGAGUUGAAUUCGCGGCGAUUCUAGCAAGGAAAUCAACGCAACCACCCGCCAAAUUCAGCCACGACCUUCGCCAAAAUAUCAUCCUCGCAUACUCAUUCGUUGCUCAUCUAUCAUUUUUUGUAUUGGAGACUUGGACUGUGGUGUAACCGUGUAAGUUCAUCAAUCAGGCCAAAGGUACUGUUCUGUUUUGAACUCUUAAGGUUUCCUUUCAGCAAUUGUUCGAGAACUGAUGAUCAUCAUUGUUAUUUUAAUUCCCUGUAAUUCAAUAUUUAUUGUUUGUCUCUAUCUGUUAUCUGUUGUUAUACUAUUUGUCAUAGCUAUGGUGCAUGAGGAAAUUUGGGUAGGAAGAAGAUUGAAAAUUCAAGGGCAAAAGUAGAAAUUAGUUAUUACCAAUGACAGAGGAACCGAAAAACAAGCUUGUUGACAUGACACUGUCUGUCUUCACUUGUCCACCUACAUGUAUGUUGACAUCCUAAAAGAAGGCGCUCAACAAUCAACAUCAGCCCUUAUCAUGAUAAGCAGGCAGACAUAUAACACUGUCUCUAUGUAUUUAAUGACCACAGGGUAACCCUGCUAGAACCCACCCUGGAAAUAAGACUCCAAAGCAUCACCUUAUUUCCAACUCUUCUCAUUCAAUUCCUCUGUUAAAACUCCUGAUGCUAUGGCUUCACAACUCCUUCAGCUCCACUUUGUUUUGAUACCCUUCAUGGCCCCAGGCCACCUUAUACCUAUGGUAGAUAUGGCCAGGCUAUUGGCACAGCAUGGUGUCAUUGUCACUGUAGUCACCACACCUUUGAAUGCUACAAGAUUCAAAUCAAUGAUUGACCGUGCUGUUGAGUCUGGACUCCAGAUCCAUCUUCUUGAACUCCAGUUUCCAGCAGUUGAGGCUGGCUUGCCUGAGGGGUGUGAAAAUGUUGAUUUACUCCCUUCACGUAGCUUAAUCAGGAAUUUCUUUGUUGCUGCUAGCAUGUUACAGCAACCACUGGAACAAUUGUUUCAGGAGUUGCAGCCCCGUCCAAGCUGCAUAAUUUCUGGUAAGAAUCUUGCAUGGACUGCUGAUACUGCUCGCAAGUUUCAAAUUCCAAGGCUUUAUUUUGAUGCUAUGAGUUGCUUUGCUUUCUCAUGCUCACACAAUUUGGAAGCUUCUAAGGUCCAUGAGAGCAUCUCCAAGUUGGAGACCUUUCUGGUGCCGGGCUUGCCUGACCAGAUUGAAUUGACUAAAGCCCAACUACCUGAAUCCCUCAAUCCGGAUUCAUCAGACUUGACAGGCAUUCUUAACCAGAUGAGAGCUUCAGAAUCUAUAGCAGAUGGGAUUGUGGUUAAUACUUAUGAAGAGCUGGAGCCAAGAUAUGUGAAAGAAUAUAAAAGGAUUAAAGGAGAUAAAGUUUGGUGUAUUGGCCCUGUGUCAGCUUGCAACAAGUUGAACUUAGAUAAGGCAGAGAGAGGUAAAAAGGCCUUAGUGGAUGAAAACCAAUGUUUGAGGUGGCUUGAUUCAUGGGAGCCUAACUCAGUAGUUUAUGCAUGUCUUGGAAGUAUCUCUGGCCUCACUGCUUUGCAACUUAUAGAGCUUGGUUUAGGCUUAGAAGCAUCAAACCGGCCAUUCAUUUGGGUAAUAAGAGGAGGAGAGAAAUCAAAAGAGUUGGAGAGAUGGAUUUUAGAGGAGGGAUUUGAAGAGAGGACAGAAGGGAGAGGCCUCUUGAUCUGUGGUUGGGCCCCUCAAAUGCUAAUCUUGUCUCAUCCAUCGAUUGGGGUAUUUUUAACCCAUUGUGGUUGGAAUUCAACCCUUGAAGGGGUAUGCACCGGUGUGCCUAUACUAACCUGUCCUCUGUUUGCUGAACAGUUUAUAAAUGAGAAGUUAGUAGUACAAAUCUUAGGGAUCGGUGUGAGUGUGGGAGUUGAGUCGGCUGUGACUUGGGGAAUGGAAGAGAAAUUUGGGGUAGUAAUGAAGAGAGAGGAUGUAAUGAAGGCUAUUGACGAGGUUAUGGAUAAAGGAGAAGGAGGAGAGAAGAGAAGAAAAAGAGCAAGAGAACUUGGAGAGAUGGCACAGAAGGCAAUAGAAGAGGGGGGUUCUUCUUAUCUUAACAUGAAAAAACUAAUCCAUUAUAUCCUCCAACAAACUAUUGGAAAUCCUAGUACACAACUAAGUUAAUUAGAAAUUUAGAACUUUAUCUUACCUUUUCUUUUGUUUAAAGGCUUGUACUUUAUUAUGAUUUGGAAUUGAACUUUGCUAGUUAUAUGAUUGACGGUACAAGGAUAUUCAGAAAAUUGCUGAGGUCAA